AUUUUUAUUUUUCAGUAAUCAAUUCUCUUUGGAGCUCUCCCACACCAAUUGUGAAACUAUUAAUAAGAGGCAGAAAUUGUUACAAAUUGUUGCCGCCACCUCACUAGCAUCCCACCUUGCCACCUUUUCCUCCCCCUAAUGCAAAAUCCUCGAUUUUCCCCAGAAACAAACAAGCACUAAUUUCGAUCUUCCAACUCAUCCCCAACCCUGUUUGUUGGCUUUAUUAGCCCACAGCAGCUGAUACAGAUGACAGAAGAGAGAGAGGCUUUUCACACACAAAUGGCUUUUGCAGGGUCUCGCAUGGAGGUAACGGAAGAACUCGAAUCCCAAAAACACCAGAAAGCAGAGGACCAUGGAGGAAGAGUUUCUUCUCCUCCCAGAAAGCCUCGUCUCAACAAAUAUGCUCUCUCUGGUGCUCUGCUGGCUUCCACCAACUCUAUUCUGCUCGGCUAUGAUAUCGGGGUAAUGAGCGGAGCGGUGCUUUACAUCGAGGACAACCUAAGUAUCUCGACGACCCAGGUGGAGAUCUUGGUGGGAUGUCUGAAUAUUUGCUCUCUGAUUGGAUCUCUGGCCUCCGGCAAGACAUCCGACUGGUUGGGCCGGCGAUACACCAUUGUUCUCGCGGCAGUCACAUUUCUCGCCGGCGCAAUCCUAAUGGGUCUCGCUCCUUCGUUCACGGUCCUUCUCGCCGGGAGGGUGGUGGCCGGAAUCGGAGUCGGGUACUCCCUCAUGAUUGCCCCCGUCUACAGUGCGGAGCUCUCGCCGGCGAUGACCAGAGGGCUCCUCACUUCGCUCCCCGAAGUCUUCAUCACCGGAGGAAUUCUCCUGGGUUACGUCUUCAAUUUGGCUCUGUCAGGUCUCCCGCGGCACAUAAACUGGAGAUUAAUGCUAGGUCUUUCUGGAAUUCCGGCGAUUGCAAUAGCCCUGGGCGUAAUUGCCAUGCCGGAGUCUCCCCGGUGGCUCGUGAUGCAGGGCAGAUUGGGGGAAGCGAGGCAAGUUCUGAUCAAAACCUCCGAAACCGAGGAAGAGGCCGAAUUAAGGCUCCAAGAAAUAAGCAAAGCUGCUGCCGAUGCAAAUAAGUCGAGCCCAACUGGUGAAAUUGAAACCAGUUUGUCGUCUACCCAUAAAUCUUCUUCGGCAAGCAAGUGGCGAGGGCAAGGGGUUUGGAAGGAGCUUCUGCUAAAACCCUCUCCACCCAUUCGACGGAUUCUGAUCGCCGCCAUCGGAAUAAACUUCUUCAUGCAAGCCUCCGGCAACGACGCCGUCAUAUACUACUGCCCGGAAGUGUUCAGAGCAGCCGGGAUUCACGACCGGAGACGCCUCGUCGGGGUGACGGUGAUAAUGGGCCUCGCGAAGACGUCUUUCGUUUUGGUCUCGGCCUUGUACCUGGACCGGUUCGGGCGGAGGCCCCUGCUAUUGUUGGGCUCGGCGGGGAUGGCAGUAUCGCUGGGGGUGCUGGGUCUGGGCUCGAUGUUUCUGGGGCGGUCGGAAGCAAAGCCGACGUGGGCGAUAGUGCUGUGCGUGAUAGCGGUAUGCGCGGACGUGUCUUUUUUUUCGAUCGGGCUGGGGCCCAUAACGUGGGUGUACUCGUCGGAGAUAUUUCCGAUGAGGCUGAGGGCCCAGGGGGCCAGCCUGGCGGUGUCGGUUAACAGGGUGGUAAGCGGCGUCGUAUCGAUGACAUUUCUGAGCGUGUCGAAAAGGAUAAGCUUUGGGGGAAUGUUUAUGGUGCUGGGGGGGAUAAUGGUGGUGGCCACGCUUUUCUUUUACUACUAUCUUCCUGAAACGAAAGGGAAGAGCUUAGAAGAGAUUGGGGACCUCUUUGAAGAUGGAGAUGGGAGACAUCCCAGAAUGGAGUUGCGUGUGAGAUAGAGAUUGAUUUGGUAUUUGUUGUUUGUGUGUGUGUGUGUGUAUGUGUGUGUGUGUGUGUGUGAGAGAGAGAGAGAGAGAGAGAGAGAGAGAGAGAGAGAGAAGUCCUUUUUGAGAUUGGAUAUUGAAUGGGUCUUAGAAUGGAGGCAUGGACCAAAAUUUUUGGAUCUUCAUGAAAUAGUUGGGAGUAAAACAUGAAAGUUGUAUCCUAUUAAAAUGACAUCAUGAGGAAAUUAUAGUUGGUUUGUACGAGGAAAGAAAGAAAGGCAGUGAUGAUUCUUGGAUCAAGUCUCAUCCCAUAAAUAAAACCAAGUUUUACAUAUGAAAA